AUGACGGACAGCACUUACGAUCCAUAUGCGAAUCGCAUAGUGGACAAGCCAAUAUCGAACUUUGGAGCCUUCAUUUCCGUAAUCAAAUGUGUCGUGGGAACUGGUGUCCUGGCACUGCCCCUGGCUUUUAGCUAUGCUGGAACUAUCCUUGGCAUUAUUCUUCUCAUCGCCAUUGCAUUUAUCCUCAUCCAUGGCAUAAAUGUGCUGAUCAUUUGCAUGGUAGAGGCUUCGCGUCGUGAGAAGGUCGGCUACACCAACUUCCCGGAUUCGAUGGCCUACUGCUUUUCGCAGGGCCCCAAGUGUUUUAGGUAUAUUGCAAAGGCUGCCGGUUACGUGGCUGACAUUGUGCUGUGCAUUGCCCAUUACGGCAUCUGUGUGGUCUACAUAGUAUUUGUCGCCAGCAAUGUGAGGAAUGCGUUGGAUCGCUACUUCCACAUAGGAGACAUACGGUAUUACAUUGCCAUAAUAGGAAUACUGAGCAUACCCACUUUCUGCAUCAUCCAUCUGAAGUAUCUCGUACCGCUCAACUUUAUUGCCAAUCUCCUGAUCUACGUUGGAUUCGGCAUGAUCUUCUACUACAUCUUCCAGAAUCUGCCGCCGUUCACCGACCGAUCAUUCGUCGGCGAUCCGUUGAAGCUUCCCCAAUUCUUCGGGAUCGCCCUCUUCUCCAUUUCUUCGGUGGGAGUGUUUCUGGCUAUCGAGGCCAAAAUGGCAAAGCCCCAAAGGUUCAUCGGAUGGUUUGGUGUACUCGUUAUAGCGUCCAUAGUAAUUCUUAUCUCGUACAUUACUUUUGGCAUAUUUGGUUACUGGCGUUACGGAGAAGAAGUAAAAGGUUCAUUAACACUCAACCUGCCGGAUGAACCGGUGAGCAUGGCAAUCAAAAUAAUACUCGCCAUUGACGUCUUCUUGUCGUUCCCGCUGUCCGGAUAUGUAGUGAUCAACAUCAUCAUGACCCAUUUCUGGAACAAAAGUGGGGAUCUGAAACGGGCCGUGCUGAAGGAGAUCAUUCUUCGGAUUGGCUUUGUAUUGUUUGCCACCAUCAAUGGAGUCGCCUUCCCAAAUUUGGGUCCUCUGCUGUCCUUGGUUGGGGCCUUUUCCCUAUCGCUGCUGAAUCUGGUCUUUCCGGCCUUCAUGGAGAUUUGUUUGUACUAUCCGGCGGAGUUCACCUAUGGCAGGUGUAAGUGGAAACUCGUCAAGGACAUCCUGAUGAUUUCUCUUGGGCUCCUCAUUCUAAUCCAAGGCACCGUCUUUUCUAUUAUCGACAUGGCAGUGGCUUAUUGA